AUGGGGUAUCAUCGUUGCGAAUUUACAAUGGCUGAAAUCAUGGUAUUCGCAAUCAGGACCGGAACCUUUGCUGGUUCUGGCGGGUCCAAGAUAAGGUUACUGGGCCCUGUUUUGGCUGUAGAAGCCGUGACGCCGGACGAUGCAGGCCAAUACCGCUGCACUGCCGUAAACGCGGGCGGAGAAGCCAGUGCCGAACUCAGAUGGUAUUCGCAAUCAGGACCGGAACCUUUGCUGGUUCUGGCGGGUCCAAGAAUAAGGUUACUGGGCCCUGUUUUGGCUGUAGAAGCCGUGACGCCGGACGAUGCAGGCCAAUACCGCUGCACUGCCGUAAACGCGGGCGGAGAAGCCAGUGCCGAACUCAGACUGUCAGUUACUACUCCACUCAAUGUUGAAGUAUCGCCGGCGAUGUUGAGCGUUCACAUGGGCGGCGCCGCCGAAUUUAGGUGCAUCGUUACCUCGCAGGGCAAUCAGGUCGGGCCGCAGUUCAUCACGUGGUACAAGGAUGGCAGACAACUACCAGGGUCUGGUCACACUGGUCAGACCUUGCUGGUGCCUUCUGUUGGUCGCGAAGACAGAGGCAUGUACCAGUGUGUCGUUCGAAGGCAAGACGGCGAUACUGCUCAAGCUUCUGCAGAAUUACAACUUGGAGAUGCUCCACCAGUUUUAUUAUACAGUUUCAUAGAACAAACUUUACAACCAGGACCGGCAGUAUCAUUAAAAUGCACCGCCACUGGAAAUCCAACUCCGCAAAUUACUUGGGCCUUGGAUGGAUUUCCUCUUCCUUCUAAUGGCAGGUUCGUGAUCGGCCAAUACGUGACGGUGCACGGUGACGUCAUUAGUCACGUGAAUAUUAGCCACGUCAUGGUCGAGGACGGUGGAGAAUAUAGUUGUGCAGCCGAAAACAGGGCUGGUAAAACAUCGCAUGCUGCGAGGCUCAAUGUUUACGGUGCGCCUUACAUCCGACUAAUUCCCAAAGUGACCGCAGUAGCAGGUGAAGGAAUGCAACUAAAAUGCCCUGUGGCAGGGUAUCCCAUAGAGGAAAUUCACUGGGAACGGAGCGGUCGUGAGUUACCCGAAGAUAUUAGACAACGUGUCCAGCCGGAUGGAAGUUUGGUAGUCAGUCCAGUUCAAAAAAAUGCAGACUCCGGAGUUUAUACAUGUUGGGCCAGGAAUAAACAAGGACAUAGUGCUAGGAGAAGUGGAGAAGUUACUGUUAUAGUGCCUCCCAAACUUAGCCCGUUCCAUAGCGCCGAAGUUUCCCUUAACGUUGGCGAACGCGCCAGCUUAACCUGCACAGUCGUUAAAGGCGACCUCCCUUUGGUCACCACUUGGAGCAAAGACGGAAGACAACUGGAUGCAUCUCAAAAUCAAGUAAAUUCCAAUGCCGACGGCGGCCAAUCUGUAACCCAAGUCGAUCAGUUCAACAGCAUCUUAGUUAUCGACAGUUUGACACCCCAACAUAGUGGAAAUUAUACUUGCACCGUCAGAAAUUCGGCAGCUGAGGCUUCUCGAUGGCAACGUGUUUUGGUUAAUGUUCCUCCCAUUAUCGAGCCCUUUUCCUUCCAAGAAGGCCUCGCCGAAUCGAUGCGGACGAGAACCGUCUGCGGUGUCUCCGGCGGCGACCAGCCUCUCACCAUAAGGUGGCUGAAGGAUGGACAACCUCUAUCUUCGGAAAGAUUUAAAGCAAAUGUCACAUCGCUGGAUUCGUAUUCUUCCCUUCUAAGUAUAGCUUCGCUCACAGCUGAUCACAGUGGACUUUAUACUUGCGUCGCUAGCAAUCCGGCCGCUGAAGUGCGACUGUCGGCCAGGUUGCAAGUCAAAGGUAUCAAAGGAAGGCGAAUCGUCGAAUGCAAAACCAAAACUACUGCUUUUUCACGGGUGACUGUUCCACCAAGAUGGGUUGUUGAACCAGCUGAUAUAAGUGUUGAAAGAAAUCGUCAUGUUCUUUUACAUUGUCAAGCUCAAGGUGUUCCUGUACCAACUGUUGUAUGGAAAAAAGCUAUUGGUGGUAAAUCUGGAGAUUACGAAGAAGUACGAGAAAGACCGUACACAAAACUUUUACCAAAUGGCACAUUGCUUUUACAACAUGUCAAAGAAGAUCGAGAAGGCUACUACCUCUGCCAAGCCAAUAAUGGUAUUGGUACUGGUAUAGGAAAAGUAAUACAAUUAAAAGUCAAUUCAUCUCCAUAUUUUUCUGCGCCUUCUCGUCUGGUAACUGUCAAAAAAGGUGACAAGGCUGUAUUGUUCUGUGAUGUUAGUGGUGACAAACCUAUAAAUGUUAUUUGGCUUCGUGGCGGAAAACAAGAGAUGAAUCCAUCUACAAAUUAUAGGGUUGCUGUCAAACAAGAUGCGACACCUGAUGGAGUCCGUGCUGAAAUUAUGAUUUCAGCAACCGAAGCUAAAGAUAGUGGUGCCUAUUUUUGUCAAGCUUCUAAUCAAUAUGGAAGGGACCAGCAAAUGGUGCAGCUCUUGAUUCAGGAGCCACCAAAAGCACCAGAAGCUUUGGAGGCCGCCAUGGUGUCUUCUAGAUCUGUUAAUAUUAAAUGGAUCAGACGCUCCAGUGGUACUGCUGAUUCUUCGGAUGUUGCAAAGUAUAUUGUACAAUAUAGAGAAGGCGAUCGUUCUUGGCAGCAAGUAGAAUUAACAGGAAUGCACCAACCUGGUGUAACAUCUCCACAACCACCAACAAGUGCUUUAAUUGAAGAUUUGAAACCAGCAACUAGAUAUUCAUUUCGGGUAAUUGCCGAAGGACCAGCAGGAAGAAGUGCACCAAGUACCGAAUUGUCAGUUCGUACUGAACCACAAAGACCAGCUGGUCCACCUCUUCAAUUAUCUGCCAGGCCUGUUUCUUCCACAGAAGUUUUAGUUACUUGGUCUCCACCUUUGGCAGAAUUGCGACAUGGAGAAAUUCAGGGAUACAACGUUGGUUAUAGAUCAAACAGUGCAAUUUCAGCGCACUACAAUUUUAGUUCUGUAUCUGGUGAUGGUGAAGAUGGUUCAGGAGAGUUAUUACUAGGAGGUCUAGCUAAAUUUUCUAGAUAUUCUGUUGUAGUUCAAGCAUUUAACCAAAUUGGACCAGGACCUCUUUCAGAACCAGCCUCUGUCCAAACAAUGGAAGAUGUUCCAUCAAUGCCACCUGAAGAUGUAAGAUGUGCAGCUCUGACUUCUCAAUCUUUGCAAGUGUCUUGGCAACCACCACCUCCUGAAUAUUGCAAUGGUCUUUUGCAAGGGUAUAAAUUAUUUUAUGAACCAGUUGUUGAAGAUCACAUUCCUGGACUUAAUGACGAUAUGGAAACUAGAAAAACUACAGCUUUAACAACUGUUUUAACUGGACUACGUAGAUACACCAACUACAGUAUGCAAGUUUUAGCUUUUACCAGAAUUGGCGACGGAGUACUGACACAAACUUCUCAUUGUCGAACUGAAGAAGAUGUACCUGAAGCACCAGCUGAUAUCAAAGUAGUAGUCAGUUCACCUCAGUCGUUGUUUGUUUCCUGGUUGCCUCCAGUAGAGCCUAAUGGAAUAAUCACCAAAUAUAUUUUAUAUAUAAGGGCCGUGGAAGGACGAGAAGAACUUAACCAUAAUAAACGGAAUCUAGCUUCUUCACAAACAACUUUUGAAGCCAAGGAUUUACAGCAACAUGCUGAAUACCAAUUUUGGGUCACAGCUUCAACAAGAGUCGGAGAGGGCAAAAGUUCCCGUGUUGUCUCUCAAAUUUCUUCCAAUAGAGUGCCAGCUCGUAUAACAUCCUUUGGUGGGCCCAUAGUUCGGCCCUGGCGCGGUUCUGUAACCUUGCAAUGUAAGGCCGUUGGUGAUCCAAGACGAGAAUGGCUUCGGGGUGAAGUUCCACUCAGAGCAGGAUCUCAACAUAAUGCACAACUUUUGGAUACUGGAGAACUGCAACUAAAUGCCUUGCAGAGGAGUGAUAGUGCAAAUUAUACCUGCCAAGUCGACAAUGGAGUUGGUACAGAUCGUCUAACUUAUCACCUCAUCGUUCAAAUACCUCCAGGACCACCAGUUUUAUACGUAACAUCUGCCACAUCUAGUUCAAUUCUUCUUCACUGGAAAUCUGGAGAUACUGGAGCAGCACCCCUGAGUGGAUAUACAUUGCACUACAGACGUGCACAUGGAAGUUUGGAAGAAAUGGUCAUGUCCAGACAUGCUUCUAGUCACGAAUUAAAGGGACUUCAAUGUGGCAGUACAUAUCAUCUCUACUUAACAGCAAAAAAUAAAAUUGGCAGUUCGUCUGCUUCUCCUACAUUACUGGUGAGGACUCAGGGACAGGCUCCAGGAACUCCUGCGUCUGGAGCUUUGCUUGCGCCAAAUUCUACCUCAGUAGUUCUAAGAUUACAUGUUUGGCCUGAUAAUGGUUGUCCAUUAUUAUAUUUUGUGCUUCAAUAUCGAGCCGCAAAUGAUGCCGAAUGGACUUUAGUUUCAAAUGCACUGAAACCACAAAGGAGAUUUACUAUAUCAGGAUUGCAGCCUGCAUCUCUGUAUAGAUUAAGGAUGGAAGCUCAUAAUAUUGCUGGUCAAUCACAAGCUGAUUUCAGUUUCGUAACCUUGACCAAGGAUGGAGAACCACCACCCCCAGAACUAGUUAAAUUAGGUGGGUCUUCUGCUUCAAUGGGUUAUGCCGAUUUCAGAGUCAUCAUACCGACAGCUGUUUCUGUAGUUGCUGUUUUUUUAGCUGCAGCAAUGGCUUUCAUAUGCUGGAAAACUCGACAGGUUGAUAGAGCUCGUAAAGAAUCUUUAGAAAACCAGCAAAAUGCCGAAGCGCAACGCGAACGAUAUUAUGCGACAAUUCACAAAGUUGCCUUGCAAGCUGGACAGGAUAAAAUACCAGAAACCUCGGAUGACAUCUCGCCCUAUGCAACGUUCCAGUUGUCCGAAGCCAGCACCCUCGCUGCAGGUGGCCAAUUGGCGUCGGCUGCUCCUGGGGGUAAUACACUGUUACAUUCAUUUAUGUACCACGAAAGAGCUGGUACGGAAGGCUGUGCUAGUACUCCGCCACCUCAAAGGGAACCUCGGACGCCUUCAAGUUACGGAGCCGCCUCACCUUACAGAAAGAUGUCUUUCAGAAGACAACCCAGUAGUCUUUCCCAGUUGUGA